UUUUCUCCACAUAGAUAGAGUAUUAUAACGAUAUAUACUCAGUCCCUCAAUUUUCCAGUCUUUUCUCUCUCCUCCUCGUCCAUUCCUGGCUCCCAUGUAUUCCCCUGCAGAUAGCUCAAGCUCCUGCUGCUGCUGCCGCACCUGCACCUGCAGCUUCACCAGCUGCAGUGCAAACAGCUGCUAAUUCCCCACGAGGCUGUGCUUUCCUGCUCCUUCUCUCUAGACUUUCUCGGAGCUCCAGCACAAGACACAAGAACAACUCACUACAGUGGUACUCGAUCACCACUUGUGCACAUAUACAGAUAUUACUAGUCACAUAUAGUAGUUGGGUCAGGGUGAUGCGCAGGUGAGCUGGUGCUUGCUCGCUGCGGCUGUGUCUUGUUAUCUACAUGGAGGAUCUGUAUAGCAUCCACCCGGGGAUCUCGCGGGUCGGCGGCGCGGCCAGCGAGGCGUCCUCCGGCGUGGGCGUGGACGCCGGGGGGCCCUCGACGUCGGAUCUGACGGAGCUGAUGAAGGCGCAGAUUGCCAGCCACCCGCGGUACCCUACCCUCCUCUCCGCCUACAUCGAAUGCCGUAAGGUUGGGGCGCCUCCGGAGGUGGCGUCGCUGCUGGAGGAGAUCGGCCGGGAGAGGCUCGUCGGCGCCGGGUCGAUCGGCGUCGAUCCCGAGCUCGACGAGUUCAUGGAAUCGUACUGCCGAGUGUUGGUGCGAUACAAGGAGGAGCUGUCGCGGCCGUUCGACGAGGCCGCUUCGUUCCUCAGCAGCAUCCAGACGCAGCUCAGCAACCUCUGCAGCGGCGGCAGCUCACCGGCCGCCACCGCCACUCAUUCCGAUGAGAUGGUGGGGUCUUCUGAUGAUGAACAAUGCUCUGGGGAGACCGAUGUGCUUGACAUAGGGCAAGAGCACACCUCCCGUAUAGCUGACCAUGACCUGAAGGAAAUGCUUCUCAAGAAGUACAGUGGCUGCCUCAGUCGACUACGAUCCGAGUUCCUGAAGAAGAGAAAGAAAGGGAAGCUGCCGAAGGAUGCACGGACAGCUCUCAUGGAUUGGUGGAAUGCGCACUACCGCUGGCCAUAUCCUACGGAAGAAGAUAAGGUGAGGCUCGCAGCGAUGACCGGUCUCGACCCGAAGCAGAUCAACAACUGGUUCAUCAACCAGAGGAAGCGGCACUGGAAGCCGUCCGAGGACAUGCGGUUUGCGCUCAUGGAGGGCGUCACCGGUGGGUCUUCUGGGACGACACUCUACUUCGACACAGGAACAGUUGGACCUUGACCUGGUUGGGGCGCGAUAGCUCUCCUGCAGGAUAUUUGGUGAAGCCAAUCAGCACUAAACCAGCCGGGUGCAUGACAAUGUUCAACCUAUCGGGACAGAAAUUACAAGAGCAAUCAUCUGCCUCAUUAUUUCGCUAGUGCGUACAUGUGUAUAUGGCUCGUGCCAAAGCAGAAUGUAUAAGCCAUUCUCAGGAUCAAGACCUCCAAAGCUAUCAGUUCACUAGUACGAAACCGAAUAUGACAUUCGGUUGUUGUAGUCGGCUUUUUCGCUGGAAUAUGAACAACCAAUCACUGAUUUGUUACCUA